UGCACCUGGUCCCGGAAAUGAUGGAGCACCCCGCUGGUUCCCCGCGUGUGUAGUGUGUUGUGGUGGAGCCAACAUGGCGGCUCCUCUGGAAGUGAUAGUGAGCAGCGACUCCGGGUCUCAGCUCUGGAACAGCACCGUGUUCGACCUGCACAGCGGCUCCAGCCUGCUGUCUUACCGGGGAGGGAACAGCGCGGCCCGGACACUGACCGUCCUCAGCGGGCAGUACCUGCUGUCCGCCCAGGUGGCCAAGAACUUCAUCAACGUGUGGGAAAUCCAGAGGAAGGAUCAGCUGCAGCAGAAGAUCGUGUGUCCAGGUGUGGUCACCUGUCUGACCGCCUCACCUAACGGGCUCUUCCUCACUGCCGCCAUCGCUGAGGCCAUUUACCUGUGGGAGGUGUCGACAGGUAAGCUGCUGUGUGUCCUCAGUCGUCAUUAUCAGGAUGUCACCUGUCUGAAGUUCACAGAUGACAGCAGCCAUUUUGUCUCUGGAGGAAAAGACAACAUGGCUCUGGUGUGGAGCCUGUCCAG